AUGCAGAGCGCUCUGAGCAAGCGCGUUGUGCUGCUCGCCCUGGCCGUGGCUGGCCUUUGGCUGACGGUGGCCGGCCGCCCGAUGGCCUUCUCAGACGCCGGGCCGCACGUGCACUAUGGCUGGGGCGAGCCCAUCCGCCUGCGCCACCUGUACACAGCCAGCCCGCACGGCCUCUUCAGCUGCUUCCUGCGCAUCCGCGCCGACGGCACCGUGGACGCCGCGCGCAGCCAGAGCGCUUACAGUUUACUCGAGUUCAAAGCGGUGGCGUUGCGGACCGUGGCCAUCAAGGGCGUACAGAGCGCGAGAUACCUCUGCAUGGGAGCCGACGGGCAGCUGCAGGGGCUGCCCCAGUACUCGGCUGAUGACUGUGCCUUUGAGGAGAGGAUCCAGCCAGACGGCUACAACCUGUACCUGUCCAAGAAGCACGGCCUCCCGGUGUCUCUGAGCAACGCCCGCCAGAGGCAGCAGCAUCGAGGCCGCGGCUUCCUGCCCCUGUCCCGCUUCCUGCCCAUGCUCUCUAUGAAGCCCCGGGACCUGGAGGAGGACCACCCGGGCUCUGUGUUCUCCCCACCCCUGGAAACCGACAGCAUGGAUCCCUUUGGGAUCAUCUCCCCAGUGGGGUCGGUCAAUAGUCCCAGCUUCCAGGAGUGA